UCUCAGUGCCACCCUGCCUGCGUGCCAUCCAUCCUGCGUGCCGCCCGCCCGACCUCUGUGUUGCCGAAACGACACUCCACCCGCUUCCAGCAGGUUGGGUCGACGACCAACAGGCAACCUCUACUAACGUUGCUACCAAAGUAACCAGCGCCAUGUACUACGACGACCCGGCACCAACCCAUCCUUGAGCGUCGUCGUCGUCGCCGAUCUGGCGUGUCCACGAGCCUGGUUCUCAUCUCAACCCUUCUCAAUUAUUGGGGGCCUUCUGCGAGCCUUAUCCCGGCCCCCGUUCAUAUCCCCCCCUCCCCGGACCCGGUUCCUUCAAGAGCAGCCGUUCCCCCGUGUCGUGCGAAUCGACCAGACGUCGCGCCAGACGCCAAGGCGCUCCUUGUCAUCGACCGGCACUUAACUUUGUAACUAGUUGUAGCCUUCCCAGCCCCCCGGGCCACGCUCCCCUUCGUCUCGGUCCGUCUCGCGUGGGGUUUGUUCUUGGCCUUGGUCACAAAAAUGUCGGGGUCCUCACAGUCAUGGCAUCCAAUCCUACCGAUGAUCAGGAUGUCACCUCCGACUAUGGCGAGUCGGUAACAACCUCGGAAUUUACGUCGCUCAACACCACGAGGCUUCUGCACUCAUACGAGCAUGGGAGGCGCUAUCAGGGUGUUUUGCAAGGGCGGUAUGGCAUGCCAAACGAUGACGCCGAGCAGCUUCGAGAAGGUGUAAAACAUAGGCUGUACUCGGACUACAUCCUCGAGGGCAAACUCUUCAUCGCUCCGGUUGGUCCGAGCCCCCAAAAGAUUGUUGACCUCGGGACCGGCUUUGGACUUUGGGCAUUGGAUGUCGCGGAGCAAUACCCCAGUGCCCGCGUCAUAGGCGUGGAUCUGUCUCCCAUACAGCCCAACUGGCUGCCCCCUAACCUCGAGUUCCGAGUCGAAGACCUGGACGACGAGCAUCGCCCGUGGACCAGCAUCUACCUCGGCGCCGACUUGAUGCAUCUCCGAUUUCUUCUUCCCACAGUGCGUCGUCCGGAACUAGUUCUACGUAAAUGUCUUGAGAACCUUAAGCCAGGUGGCUGGGUUGAGAUCCACGACAUCAUUCCCAAGAUCUUCUCGGAUGAUGGCACCGCGGAUGUCGACCAUCCCAUUCAUACCCUGUACAAGCACAUUGAUGGACCAUUCUCGAACGUGUACGGGUGGAACCUCCAGUUCCCCUCCUCAGCCGCCGGCGUGCUGGAGAGCCUAGGUUUCGUCAACGUCACAGUCAGGCGCAACGCCAUCCCCAUCGGCCGCUGGCACAACGACCCUCGCUUGAGAGAGAUGGGCGUCUUUGCCCAGAGCCUGCUGUCGGACUGGCUGGUCACCAUGCUGGUCAGACACGAAACGCUGGGCCUGGAUGCCGACGAAGCGCACAAGCUGGGGCAGGAAAUCCUGGAUGCGUUCAAUAAUCCGCGGAUCCACGCUCAACACGACUGGCUCGACAUCUGGGCCCAGAAACCACCCUCUUGAACUGGCAAUGAUUAUAAGUGAAACAUCAGGUGUCUGCCAACGGCCGGGGGGGGUCACGACAGAGGGUACGAGCGCCUGUCUAGCAGCCGAGCUCCAGCAGCUCGACAUCAGAAGCUUCCCUCGACGCCGCCCAUGCGGGUGCAAAAAAAAGCGCCGGUUUUGAACCCCCCUGACGAUCACUCGCGCACCACUUGGGCUUGUAUAGGCGGCGCUUUUUUUUGCACCCGCAUGGGCCGCCUCCCGACAGCGCCGCCUCAGACACUGACGUGAGACUCUAGGCGGGCCCGGCGGGACUCUAAGGGUCUACCUACCCAUCACGCUCCAUGGGUAUAACACUAUCUUCCCACUUAGGGGCCUAUACCGUUCGCACAAGGACAUGUGACACAUGCGCACGCAUGCAGGAUGCUACACAAGACACAGGAGCACAACAGAGAUGAGAAUUUUGCAGACUUUGAUUGUUGAAGAAUGGCCUGAGCCAGUGAUGAUGGUAC